AUGGGAGGUCGGGCUCACGUCCCGAGCUGGGGUAAUCAAGAUGAUUACCAACUGGUUCGAAAACUUGGUCGGGGGAAGUAUAGUGAAGUAUUUGAGGCCAUUAACAUCACCAACAAUGAGAGAGUGGUUGUAAAAAUUCUCAAGCCAGUGAAGAAAAAGAAGAUAAAACGAGAGGUUAAGAUUCUGGAGAACCUUCGUGGUGGAACGAAUAUCAUUAAGCUGAUUGACACUGUGAAGGACCCUGUGUCGAAGACACCAGCUUUGGUAUUUGAAUAUAUCAAUAAUACAGAUUUUAAGCAACUUUACCAGAUCCUGACAGACUUUGAUAUCCGGUUUUAUAUGUAUGAACUACUUAAAGCUCUGGAUUACUGCCACAGCAAGGGAAUCAUGCACAGGGAUGUGAAACCUCACAAUGUCAUGAUAGAUCACCAACAGAAAAAGCUGCGGCUGAUUGACUGGGGCCUGGCGGAGUUCUAUCACCCUGCGCAGGAGUACAACGUCCGUGUCGCCUCCAGGUACUUCAAGGGACCAGAGCUCCUCGUGGACUAUCAGAUGUAUGAUUAUAGCUUGGACAUGUGGAGUUUGGGCUGUAUGUUAGCGAGCAUGAUCUUUCGAAAGGAACCCUUCUUCCAUGGACAGGACAACUACGACCAGCUUGUUCGCAUUGCCAAGGUCCUGGGAACAGAUGAGCUAUAUGGGUACCUGAAGAAGUAUCACAUAGACCUGGAUCCACACUUCAACGAUAUCCUGGGACAACAUUCACGGAAACGCUGGGAAAACUUUAUCCAUAGUGAGAACAGACACCUUGUCAGCCCUGAGGCCCUAGAUCUUCUGGACAAACUUCUGCGAUACGACCAUCAACAGAGACUGACCGCCAAAGAGGCCAUGGAGCACCCAUACUUCUACCCCGUGGUGAAGGAGCAGUCCCAGCCUUGUACAGAUAAUGCUGUACUUUCCAGUGGUCUCACAGCAGCCCGAUGAAGACUGGAAAGCGACGGGUCUGUUGCGGUUCCUCCCACUUUUCCAUAAGCAGAACAAGAACCAAAUCAAACGUCUUAACGUGUGUAGAGAGAUCACGUUCCGUGAGCAGACACAAAAUGGUGGCAGGUUUGGCGAGCACGAACUAGACCAACCGAAGGGCAGCCCACCACCGUUUAUCAAACCUCACUUCCGAAUGUAAAAGGUUCACACGCCUUUGGCUUCCUGUUGACUUCCUCCUGACCCAGAAAGCAUGGGAAAUGUGAAGGGUAUGCAAAAUGGUUGUUGGUUACUGUUGCUCCCCCGCGCCCCUUGAUUCGUCCUGCGGCCGCCUGUUUUUCCAGCAGACCACGUUAACUGGCCGGCCACAGACUCCACAGUACGGGAAUGGGGGCAUAUAUGGCAUGAAGGGCAGUUACAUAUUAUAAUUUUAAAAGUAUAUAUUAUUGAAUAAAAGGUUUUAAAAGAAAUGUAUGGAGA